UGUUUGCCGUGGCAUCCGGCGCCUCAUCUCUACUGGUGGCCAGGGCAGUACACGGCGUGGGGUCGUCCUGCAUAGCCAUAGCAGGUCUGUCGACUGUGGCCGACCUGUACCCGAACGAACGCGAGCGGUCGCGCGUGAUGGGCCGCGUUAUGGGCGCCAUGGCCGUCGGCGUGCUCAUCGGAUACCCGUUUGGCGGACUCAGCUACGACCUGAUGGGCAAGUCGCCGCCGUUCUGGCUGCUGGCCGCCCUGCUGACCGCCAUGUUCGCGGUGCAGUACCGGCGGCUGCGGCCGCUGCCGGCCUGUGAGCGGGACGACGAGGCCGUCACCCCGCCCUGGUGGCGCCUCCUGGCGGACCGACGCAUCAACAUCGUGGCCGGCGCCGUCGGUCUCUCCACCUCCGUCAUGGCUAUCCUGGAGCCCACGCUUCCCGUUUGGCUCAUUAACACCAUACACCCACAGAAGUGGCAGCUGGGCUCCGUCUUCAUCCCGGACAGUCUGGGCUACCUGAUCGGCACGCACGUGUUCGGCCUCGUCGCGCUGCGGCUCGGCCGCUGGACGGAUGAGGACCGCCGACAGGGCGCAGGGCGGAUGAGGCCCGCCGACGAGACGCAGGACGGAUGA